CUUUCUUUAUUCACUUACAAAGCAAAACAAUCCCUUUCAUUCAUUACUCUCUCUCAUAUAUAAAAAAAUAAACAAAAUUGCACAACCGCCCUAUUCCACCAUUAACAUUGAAACCACUUUCAUUUCAUCACAGAAGAAACAAUAACACUGAACGAGGUAACCAAGUAGUCACUCUCCAUCUUUUCUUUUUUCAUUCAUCUCUCACACACUCUUUCCUUUUAAAAAUGGAUUCACCUCUUCAUCAUGUUCAAGAAACCAAACCCACCGCCAACACCGUUGUUACUACCACUCCAAGUGAAACAUCUAACAACAGCACUGAUAACAACAGUAAUAACAGCAGCAGCAGUAACACUACCAACAACAAUAAAAGUAACCGUAAAUGCAAAGGUAAAGGUGGACCUGAUAACAACAAAUUCAGAUACCGUGGUGUAAGACAACGUAGUUGGGGUAAAUGGGUUGCUGAAAUUCGUGAACCACGUAAACGUACUCGUAAAUGGCUUGGUACUUUUUCAACUGCUGAAGAUGCUGCUAAAGCUUAUGAUCGUGCUGCUAUUAUUCUCUAUGGUUCUAGGGCUCAGCUUAAUCUUCAACCUUCAGCUUCUUCUUCUUCUUCUCAAAACUCUUCAUCUUCUUCUCGUAACUCUUCUUCUUCCAAUUCCAAUACUACUCUUCGUCCUUUACUUCCUCGUCCUUCUGGUUUCUCAGUUUACAAUAAUUUUGUCCCAUUUGGUGUUUACAAUAAUUUUCAUCAUCAUCACCAACCAGUUUUCUAUAAUAACAAUAAUGGUUUAGUUCAUUUUCAUCAUAACCCUCAUCAAGAAAUGGUGCAAGUGCAAGUGCAACAGCAUCAACAAUAUCAUCAUCAACAACUAAAUCAAGAUUUUGAACAUGCAAGUGGUGAUUCUGUUAAAUCAAUUACUUCGUACGGUCAGAAUAUUCAUAGUAGUCAUCAUCAUGAUCAAGAACAACAUGCACAAAAUGUUUUGAAUCAACAACAUGCACAACAUGUUUUGAAUCAGCAACAGCAGCAGAUGAAUAUUCAGAAUUGUGUGGGGUCAUCAAAUUUUGGUUCUCAAAAUAAUAAUGAUAUUGAUGGAACAGUGGAUCUGGAUCCAGUGGGUGAUUGUGUUGGUUCUCCAAAUUCUAUGUGGCCAGCUUUGACAAGUGAGGAAGAUUAUACAACUAGUUUAUGGGAUUAUAAUGAUCCAUUCUUCUUUGAUUUUUGAGAAAUUAAUU